CUGGCAGUCCUUCCCCAGGCUGCAUCCUUUCACCUCCUGCUGGGCCAGAAGGGAGUGCUGCAGCUGCAGCGUCCCCACAGCAGAGGAAAAGGUGGUGGCACUGGUCCUUCUGUGGAUCCUUGCCAAUGCUCCUCACCCCCUCUUUGCCCUGAUUUAAUGAAACUCACUUUUGGUGAUAGAAUUUAAUGACGUUUGGAUCAGUAUAAGCCUUCAUUUAACGGGCUGCAAGAUAUGCUUUUUAUUUAGAACUGCAAUAGAUACCGUUGUUUAAAAAAUUAACCCUGAACAAUCUGAAGCAUACAGGAACAUACAUCUGGGACAUUUGUGCUAGGAAUAAGAGAGUAACUGAACUGAGAAGUGAUUGUUCUUUUUUCAUGGAGCUAUAAUGAAGUGACAUAUGGCUUGUUUUAUAUGGGACCUAAAACUCUCUUAAAGUAGUAUCUCAGAACAUUUUACUUUCUUCUCAUAAAUUCUCAGCAAUAAAUGUUCUACUUCAGUACAAAUACAAAAAUUUUUUUUAGGUAAAACCUAAUUCAGAUGGGCAAGAGAGUACAUAAAAGAUGUUAUGCCAUCAGAAAAGUCCAAUCACAGGCAAUUCUGAGCUCCAUUGACACUGGAAGAAACAAGAUUUGAAACUCCAAUAUUAUAUGAUAUCAUUUUUGCUACUAAAUGAAGAAAUGGAUGCAUUCAGAGCAUUUGAAAAUGGGUCGCUCUUGUCCAGUUACUCUGCUCCUGCGAGGUGGGAUCCCUUCCGUCAGCCCUUGGACUCCAUCCCGCCCUGGCAGUUCAGGGGUCUGGCAGCAGUAAUGCUGGUGGUGACCUCCCUGUCACUUGCUGAGAACCUGGCUGUAAUCCUGGUAACUUGCAUUGUAGCUCUCUGGUCUCUGGCUCUGUUGGCUUUUGAGCGGUACAUUGUGAUCUGCCGCCCGCUGAGAAAUACACGCUUGAGGGGGAAGCAUGCAGCUCUAGGUAUUGUCUUUGUGUGGAGUUUUUCCUUCAUUUGGACCAUUCCACCAACAACUGGUUGGAGCAGUUACACCACCAGUAAGAUCGGAACUACUUGUGAGCCUAACUGGUACUCAGGAGCUUAUGCUGACCGUGCAUACAUCAUUACAUUCUUCACCACCUGUUUUAUAGUACCCUUACUGGUGAUUCUGGUAUCCUAUGGAAAAUUAGUGCAAAAGGUAAAAAAGGUGUCAUAUGCACAAGGAAGGCUGGGAGCUACCAGGAGAACCGAAAGACGAGUGACUAGAAUGGUUGUUUUUAUGAUCAUUGCCUUUCUAAUCUGCUGGAUGCCAUACGCUACCUUUUCUAUCCUAGUCACUGCAUAUCCCUCCAUUGAGCUGGAUCCUUGUCUGGCAGCAAUUCCGGCUUUCUUUUCCAAAACAGCUACAAUUUACAAUCCAAUUAUUUAUGUCUUUAUGAACAAACAGUUCAGGCAGUGUCUGAUUCAAAUGUUGAGUUGCAGUGCCAUAGGAACUGCAGAGUCCAAGAUGAACCUGACUUCAGAGAGAGCAGUGCUAAGCCAGGACAGAAGAGGCAGUGAGAUGAACCCCACAGCAGUCCACAGCACCAUUUCUAACAGGAAAACAGGAGAUGAACACAGAGCCGACAAUCUUUGGCUCUGUUGACAACUUCAGAAAACAAAAUGUGUCUCAUGUAGAGGGAUCGUUAAUUUAAUGCUACAGUGUAUUUCAUUGUUCCAAUCACCUAAUAUAAAGAUAUGUUGUCACUGGGGACAUCGUGGUCCUGUGGACACCAGCUUUUGAAUGCCAGGCUCCUCAGUGAGUGUGAGAGCUUGCAGCAGGUAGUGGCACCACACUGCUCUGUGUUUCUCUCCCUCUAGUCCUUAAGUCCCUGUUUCUGCUUAAGUCUCAUCCUCACUGUUUUAAUUAGACUGCUGAAUCCAGAAUAAAUUAUUAACUUGUUAUUACACCUCUGCUUUCAGAAGCAAGGACUGUAACACAAAUACAGCUUCUGUGAAUAGUGAAAACAAACAGAAAUUGCCAGCUUCCCAUGGCUAUAUUCCAUCUCAUAUUUAAUUCACAAUGGAGUGCAGCAAUAUACUUAGCCUUAGUGGAAUGUCACUUGCACAUGAAAAGCCAAACCAGGUUAUGAGUGUAAUAAAGACAGAUUUCUGUUUCACACAGUGCUUGGGAUCAUUGUAUGAAAUGUUGCUAAGAACUAAGCUUGUGGUAAGGCACAUUGGAAUUUUAAUCCUAUAUAAACUCUAUUCUUAAGUGAAUGCAUUUUAGGGGGAAAGGCAAAGGCUGACUGUAUUUAAAUGCUUUAGGAUGGAAAACCAUUAUUUCUACAGAAGACAUUAGUACAAUGCCAGUUGAAACAAAUAUUGUUCCAUAGUGGUAUAGAGAAGCUACACUAGCUCCACCCUGUACAGGCCUAAGCUAUAGAAAUGCAAUAUAGAAUGAAUCAUCUGUGGUUCAAUUUUGCUUCAAAGAAAUAGAAUUGUUUCACACAGAAUAAAGAAGUUUUCUUUCUAUCAGAUUUUUUUUCUGCUUUCUGUAAAUGUUUGAAAAACUACAUUGCCUUGAAAAAGAGUGGGACUACCUGAGAUACUUGUCAAAUACUUGUCAAAGCUAGUUCCUGAGCAAUACCUUGCUGUCUUGGAAGUCAAGAACCAUUCCUGCAGCAGCUGGAGAUGCUGGAGGAUCAGGAAGAGGUAACACAGGCACACAGCACAAAGCAUAUCCUGAAGCCCUGGAAUGUUGCAGGGACUGGCUUCUCUUGCCUGCUGGGGUGGAGGGACAGGCACAGGAGCGUGUCCCUGAGCCCCUCUGGCCUUGGCAUGCCUGGGGAACUGCCCCUCACAGCACCCAUGGGCAGUCACACUCUCCCAUUUGCAGCUUACAAAAGCCCUUUGGAUCUUUUCUACAAGGUGUCCUUUGCAGAACAAGAGGGGAGAUUAGGAAACAAUGGAUUAUUUUCUGUUUUCUGAUUAGAAGGAUAUUCAGACUCCAUUGCCCUGAUUUCAUUUUGGGAUGGUAAGAUCCAAAGAGGGGAGUUAGUCUACAAAUAAAAUCAUGAGCUGCACAUGUGAGAACUCACUGCAAGACUCUACAGUCUUCCUAUUCAUCUCACAAAAUUUCAUCAGGUGACUGCCUUUUACAUUGUAAUUUUGGCCUCAGUGGGCUUGAACUUUUGCGGGGCUCAAUCUUAAACCCAAACCUUAAACCCUUUAUUCUGACAGGCACAUUCUUUACCAGUAAUCCUGUUAUCCAGUGUUAUCUGGAGCAGAGCAAUGAACAGAUGUAUAUGCCUUUUUAAAGUGUUUUAGAAAUACUGUGAGAUAGGAAGAGUAUGGUAUACAGUUAUUAAUUGUAUGCACCUUUUUGUGCUCAUUAGUCCAUUAAAGCAGUCAGAUGUGAUUUGAAAGUAAAAAUUCUUGUAUUUAAGACUCAGAUUUUCUCUUUCAAGGAUAUAUUGACCUAGGUUAAUCACAAGUUAAUUAUAUUACAUGUAUUAAAUCAUGAAGAAUUGGCAGAAGUGCUGGUGUUUAAUUAAAAGCAACAGAAUUAUUUUGUCUCCUGAGAAGGUGAGGAUAUGUAAAGUAUAGCUCUGUAGUACAAAAUAAAGAAGCAAAAAUUAAGUAAUUGCAAAGAAAAAACCAAUGUAAAAAUGCAUGGAAACUAGUAGAAAACAGCAAGGUGUCUCUAUGAGAUGUUCCCAUAUUUGAUAGAAAAAAAAGGAAUAAAUAAUAAAUAGAAUCUGUGGAUAUUUUCAUUUUAAAAUGCCUUCAGUAAUGCUUUUCAGGA